CGCGAACCUGAACGUCCUGAGCCACUCCUUCUAGAGAAAGAGCAUGAGCAGAUUGCUCUACCAGAGAUGCCUUGCCAGACUCGGGGAGAGCUGUUCCCAGCCCAAGAGCAGCUGGAGCAGCUCAGGCAGCAGGUGGAAGAGCCACAAGAGAAUGGCCAGAACAUCAAGGCAGAGCCACAAGCAGAGCUGCCCAAAGCCCAGAGUGACAUCAAAGCAGCAAAGAGGAGGAACAAGGAAGACAUCAGAAGCAUCCAAGAGGAGAAGAAUCUCCAUCAGCACAGGAGCGAUCUACAAGACCAGGUGAGUGUAAGAGCUGAAGCCACUCCACUCAUGAAACAUCCUCUCUCUUCUUCUUUGCAGAACAUCGACAAACAGCUGCAGGCAGAGCUGCAGGAAACUGAGGCUAGGAUCAAGGCAAGGGAGAAGAGGCUGGAUGAAGGAAUGAAAAUCAUCCAAGAGGAAAUUAAUCUUCUACUCCAAAAGCAAGAGGCUCUAGAAAAGCGAGUGGAAGUGUGGACAUCUCACCUGGCAGCCUGCAAAGACUUCCAGCAAGUGAUUGGCCACAAAGAGCCCCAAGGCUGGCGUGGGGCACAGGAACUGUCCCUGCUGCAGCUUGAGCCCGUCCUGAAGAUGGUGGAAGAAAGGGGGACUCAAUGGGAGCAGAUCUCCACAGGCUCUCUCAUGGAACCUGCUCCAGCAGCAGCAGCAUUGUCUAAAGGAGCCUUUGCAGCCCAGCCUGAGAAGUGGAGCCAGGGAAGUUUGCUCAGCUCCAACACUGACACAGCUUCUUCCCAUCAACAGGAGAUGGAAGAUUACUUCCUGGAGCUACUGAGCAAAAUGGUGAGCAUGGAAAAUCCGGUGACGAAAUACACUGAACUGGAAAAUAUCGGCAGUGGGGGUUUCGGAGAAGUUUGUAGAGCACUCGACAAUGCCACAGGAGGAGAGGUGGCCAUAAAGAAAAUUAAUCUCCAAGGACUGAGGAGAAAGGAAGUAACUGUCAAUGAACUCAUGGUCAUGAAGAUGAAUAGGAAUCCCAACCUGGUCAACUAUUUAGACAGCUACCUUGUGGAUGAUGAACUCUGGCUGGUGAUGGAGUACAUGGAUGGAGGCACUCUGAGUGAUGCCAUCAAUGAGAUGUACAUAUCUGAAUAUGAGAUGGCAGCCAUCAGUCGGGAGUGCCUGCAAGGACUGGAUUUUCUUCACUCAAACCAUGUCAUCCAUCGAGAUGUGAAGAGCUGCAACAUCCUUCUCAGAACUGACGGCUCUGUCAAGCUGGCUGAUUUUGGCCUCUCUGCUCAGCUCACCCCUGAGCAGAAUCUAAGGAGCUCAGUGGUUGGGACGUCUUGGUGGAUGGCGCCUGAGGUUGUGACAGGUCAACCAUAUGGCCCCAAAGUGGACAUAUGGUCUCUUGGAAUUGUGGGAAUCGAAAUGGUGGAACGACAAGUUCCUCACUGGAAUGAAAGUCGUACCUCGGCUGAACUCCUGAUAGCCACAGGAGGGACCCCACAGCUGCAGCAGCCCAAUCUAUUCUCGGCUUUGCUGCGUCACUUCCUGAGCUGCUGCCUGCAGAAAAACGAGGAACAGCGCUGGUCUGCCAAGGAGCUCCUGCAGCAUCCAUUUGUAACAUCAGCCAAGCCUGUGUCCAUCUUGCUGCCACUGAUCCAGUCAGUGAAGAAGUGGAAGGAGGAGGAGAAAAGAUGGCAGUGCCAAUCCAUCCAUUCAGGACUAUUUUCUUCAUGACCAGUUUAGAUUAGGAUUGUAGAGUACAAUUGUACUCUACAUGGAUGGCAAAUAAAUAAAGUUUCUGAAACCCCAA